CCAUGAUUGAAUUUGAGUUUUGAAUUAUCUCUCAACUGAUCACCCACGAUGCGAAACCUAGUCCCGUCUGCCAUCAAAUUACUGAGGGAAUCUAUCGUCGCCGCUGCCUUUGACAUCGACAGAGGAUUGAUCUUUGCCGCAUCGGAGGACGCAAAGUUUGGCGUGCACAUAUGGAGGACUCCUAUCGAUCCCUGCGAAUGGGAAGAGCCGAUUUUAUGUGGCUCCUUUCGCUCCAUCAAUCCGAAAGUUCUGUCCCUCCGAGUUAUAGGCGAAUCUGCACAGGUCAUCUUGAGUGGUCCAGAUGUUGGUAUAUUGGCCGUUGAAUGGAGUCCUGAUGACACACUCCUUGUCAUGAUUACCGGUGAAGACAAUCUCAUUCUUAUGACCUCGACAUUCGAUGUCCUGUCCGAGGCACCUUUGCGUACUGAAGAUUUUGGUGAAGAUGCUCCGAUAAAUGUUGGUUGGGGUGCAAAGGAAACGCAAUUCCAUGGCUCCAUGGGAAGAGCACAUCUCAAACCCUCAGCACAGUCUUCGAAUCAAACACAAGAAGAUCCCUGCGAUGAUGGUCUCCCUCGGGUCAGUUGGCGUGGUGAUGGUGCUUAUUUUGUAGUGUCUUCCAUAGCCAGGCAAACACUUCAGUCUGGCAAUGCAACAGGUCGAGUUUUACGUGUUUAUUCAAACGAAGCUCGACUCCAGUCCACCGCAGAAAUAGUUGCAGGUCUGGAACCGAGUCUAUCCUGGAGAUCGAGUGGUAAUUUGAUUGCAUCCACGCAAAAAGAAAUCCGCUCGGGACCGUCAGACACGCAGCGGACCGGAAAACACGGCGUUGUUUUCUUUGAGCGUAAUGGUUUAACGCAUGGAGGAUUUAACUUGCGAGGAGACGAUCGAGAUUACCGUAUCAAACAUCUCGCAUGGUCAUCGGACUCAAAUGUGCUCGCCGUUCACAUUGAACGGGCGCAGGGUGAUGUAGUGCAAUUAUGGACCACCGGAAACUAUCACUGGUACCUCAAGCAAGAGAUCUCUGCGCCAUCAUCGAGCCACUUUACAUCUAUAACUUGGCAUCCUGAAAUGAGCAUGCGACUUCUUUUGACAACACCGCUGCAAAUAAUACAACAAGAUUAUGCAUGGGAGACAUGCGCUGGAGCCAAUGAUACUGGCUGUGUCGGCGUCAUUGAUGGACAAAAAAUUUCACUUACACCAUUCCGCACACAAAAUGUACCUCCACCUAUGUCAUCGCACCAGCUACUAGUGAAUACUCCCACUGAUCCGUCAUCCAGUCGCCUGUUCCUAUCCCAGGUACCAUCUCACAUAUCGCUUUCGCGAUCGUACGACCUUCUUGCCGCGGUAUGGCAAGAAGGCCACGUAAUGAUGUGGGCAUUGCAAACGCGGAUCACGGCAGGUCGGGGGGCCGCUAUGAACCCAAUUCUUAUCUGGUCUGCCAGUUUACCGCGGGAGCUCUGUCGAUGUCGUCAAGUUCUUGUCUCCUCCAAGGACGAUGAUGGUGAACACAGGACUAUCUCAGCUGCGAUACUCGGUUCUGACGUCUGUGGGAACGACCUAAUUUCUAUUCAUGACUUUGAGCACGUCACUCUGCCAUUGAAGCCAAUUUCGGCGACAAGAAUAAGGAGAGUAUCGCUACAACAGAAGAACGGUCGUCUUGUCCCUCAUAAAGUUCCUGAGCAUCUUGCUUGGCAGGCUCCUGAUGGUUGCAUCUUCCAAGUUCAUAGCCAGGAAGAAUCAUAUUCGGAGAUUUGCUCCUUUACGGAGUACUGCCCCUCCUCCCAACGCGUCGACGCUAAACUUUUCGUGGGUCUGUCUGCCGGGGGGAAAGUCUAUGCUACAAUCCCGAGUGCAGAAUCAGCCUCACUAGCCAGCGGUGUAAACUCAUUCACUGUUGCCUCUGGAUUUGUGAUUUUCACUACUACGUCACAUGACGUGCAAUUUGCGCCUCUAGAGAGUGUGGUUGCAGCCUCGACUUCAGGUGGUAUCUUCUCGACUGGCGAUGAAAAUAAAACGGCUGAGCUCGCUUCGCAAGCUUGGGAAAAGCGACGGGUUGAAAGAGGCUCGAGGAUCGUCACAGCUGUACCAAGUACGAUGGGCUUGGUAUUGCAAAUGCCACGAGGGAAUCUCGAGACGAUCAACCCGCGACCUAUGGUAAUGGAGGUUGUUAAAAGCGAUCUGGACGCUGGACUGUGGCGAAAGGCUUUCAUGGCUUGCCGUAAACAUCGCAUUGACCUCAGCGCCAUUGUCGAGCAUAACCAGCAGGCCUUCAUGGCUGGUAUUCCAGCGUUUGUGGAGCAGAUUGAAGAUGUCGACUACAUAAAUUUGUUUUUGACGAGUGUAGGGCGAAGCCAGCUCCCGGCGGGGGUCAUUGCUAAAGUUUGCGACUCUUUGCGCCACGAACUGGAAGACAGGAAUUUGACGAAAUACGUCAACUCCAUACUCACUGCAUAUGUUGUUAAGUCACCACCAGACCAUGAAGCCGGCCUUGCGUUGUUGCUCCGUCUGCGAGGCGUUAGCCCAAGCUUGGUCGAAGACGCCGUCAUAUACAUCAUUUUCCUUGUUGAUGCAGAUCGACUAUUUGAUACAGCUCUAGGAAUGUAUGACUUUUCUCUUGUUCUCAUGGUCGCACAACACGCGCAAAAGGAUCCGAGAGAGUAUCUUCCUUUCCUUCGCGAGCUCAGGGCAUUGCCCCAGUAUUACCAGCGCUUCAAAAUAGAUGAUCACCUCAAGAGGCGCGCAAAAGCUCUCCGUAACUUGAGUCUCGCUGGUCCCGAGUACUUCCAGGAAGCCUUGGAUUACUUAGAUACAUAUCAACUGCACGACGAGGCUUUAGCAAUUUGGCAAGGCACAGACAAGUAUAUGGAUGUUUUGGGUGUCUACGGCACAUGGCUCUUUGAUCGGCACGAAUACCAUCAAGCAGCUACAGUUUUUGUGGAAGCAUCAGAUGCCCGGCGCGCAAUGGUAUCUUAUGAAAGGGCCUUGGAAUGGCAGGAGCUCUUUGGGCUUUGCUUGAAAGAGCAGCUAAGAGAUGAGGAAAUCACGGAAAUUGCAUACCGCAUCGCUGACGAGCUCUUCUUGAAGAAGCGGUUCAAUGAAUCUGCACGGGUACUCCUCGAUUAUGCCAAGGACGUCCGGCAAGCAGUGAAUUCACUCGUUCAGGGCAACGAAUUUUCGGAAGCACGGAGAAUAAUCACCUUGCAUGCCAUACCUGAACUCGUAGAUCAACUACUUCUUCCGUGUGCUUUGGAUUGUCGCUCGCAGAUCGGCGAUGAUAUUAAUGAAAUGCGGGAACAACUCCGUAAACAAGUAGCGAGAUUGACAGAGCUUCGGAUCAAGAAGGUGGAAGAACCAGAUGCCUUCUAUAACCUGGAUGAUCCGACCCUUCAUAACGUUGACGUCAUGACCGACAUGUCUAUGGCGCAUACCGCUUUUACGCGGUAUACAGUCGCGCCAUCAGCUACUUCGAAAACCUCAAAGCGAAGUUCUAAGACGAAGCGCAAAAUGGAGCGUAAACUUGGAUCUGGGAGAAAAGGAACUGUCGAUGAGGAAGAGUAUAUACUCAAAUCAGUCACGAAGCUGGUAGAAAGAUGCGCCACCACACAAGGAGAAAUCAGAAAACUACUACCGCAUCUCCUCCAGCUGUCCCAAGCUCACCGCGAAGAAGGUGUGGCUCUGCAAGUGGAGUUUGAUCAGCUGCAGUCUGAGUUGCGGGAGGCCAUCGAGGACAUCUGGAAGAAGCCCGACGAGCCAACACCAGUGGACUCUUGGGCCACUAGAAUGCAGGAGAAGGCGAAGGAACAGCUUAUUGAACCACUGCAGCGGGUCCCCAAGCCAGAUAUGAGUAUAUCCGAAUGGAGCUUGAAGCUUCUUCAGCAGAAGCUUGCCCGAUGAAAGACGUCAUGAUGGCCUUGUGUUAGCAGUGUUAGUGUAUCACGCCAUCAAA